CGGUCCCGCAGGCGCCGCGUGGUCGCACCGUGGGAGCGCAGGUGGAGGGCGCUGACCAGAAGGCAGCCGAGGUGCCGGCUACACAGAUUUUGUGUACAGAUGAUGGUGUAUGCACCUUUGGGACUUUGGAAAACCGACAUGGCCAAACUGCUACAACCUCCUCCCAAGUUCUUGCCCUCAGAGUGGCACAUCGCUAACAAGAACCAGUACCACGGAGCGGAGGCCCAGAGGUCGCGGUCCGAACGCCUGGUGGCAGAGAGCCAGAGGCUUGUGGACGAGAUUGAAAAGACCACCAGGAAGUCUCAAAGCGAUGUAGAAAAGAAACUAGAGCAGAGACUCGAGGAAGUCAGGUUCUGGAAGAAGGAGCAGGAUGACAAGCUCGAGCAGCUGGUGUACGUCACGGAGGACCUGCUCACCUACCAGGCCAGGCUGGUGAACGCGCUGGAGAGCAUGAAGGAGCCCCUACAUAUCACCCAGAUGUGCCUGGAAUACAGGGAGAAGCGGGUCGGCAUUGACCUGGUGCGCGAUGAGGUGGAACAGGAGCUUGUGAAGGAGGCCGAGAUCAUCCGCGGGGUGAUGGCUCUGCUGACCCGCACCCUGGAGGAGAUGUCCGAGCAGAUCAGGCUGAACCGCUCGGCCAAGUACAACCUGGAGAAGGACUUGAAGGACAAGUUUGUGGCCCUGACCAUCGACGACAUCUGCUUCUCCCUCAACAACAACUCCCCGAAUAUCCACUACUCCGAGAAGGCUGUGAGGGUGGAGCCAAACUCCGUGAGUCUGGAAGACUGGCUGGACUUCUCCAACAGCAACGUGGAGAAGGCCGACAGGCAGAGGAACAACUCACUGGCGCUGAAGGCCCUGGUGGACCGGAUCCUGUCACAGACAGCCAACGACCUGCGUAGGCAGUGCGACGUGGUGGACACGGUGUUCAGGAACGGGCUGAAGGAGACCAAGGCUGCCAGGGACCAGCUGGCCACCCACCUAGCCAAAGUCAUGGAGGAGAUUGCUUGCCAGGAGAAGAACAUCACUGUUCUGGAAAAGGCCAUCCUGGACCAAGAAGGUCCCGCCAAGGUGGUUCACACACGCCUGGAGACCAGAACACACCGGCCUAACGUGGAGCUGUGCCGCGACGUGGUGCAGUACCGGCUGCUCAAGGAGGUCGGGGAGAUUGCCCACAACGUGGCCAGACUGAAGGAAGCCUUAGCCUGGGCUCAGGUGGAGCUGAAGGGCCUGAAUCGCAGGCAGCUGAUCCUGCAGGAGGAGAUCCAGGUCAAGGAGAACACCAUCUACAUCGACGAGGUGCUGUGCAUGCACAUGAGGAAGUCCAUCCCCCUGCGGGCCGGGGGCGACCAGGGCGAGUGGGCCGGGGGCCUCUGCCCCGACGCCGUCUGCUGACAGCACCCGUGGGGCAGACGCUGAGUAAACCGUGUCACAAUCGGGUGCAGAACUCUCAUUUCAGGGAGGCCGACUGCAGGCAGGGCCUGGAACCCCGGGUGUGGCUUGAGGGUUUGGGGGGAUGGCUCCGUGCUGCUGGUGGGCAGUGCUGGCUUGAGUUACAUCCCCGCGUAGCCCUGCGUCUGUCCGCGCGGGCCAUUCCUCCACAUGACGGACUUGCGGCCAGGGGGCAGUGCAGGACCCUUCCUUCCUUCACAUUCCGCCGAGUGCGGGUCUGGUUCCCCUCUGGAGACGCGCCCGUCUUCCUCGUCACAGGCACCGGAUACCCCUUGGCUGUCCCGAUUCCCCUUCCCUGGGAGACCAUGCGGGCGCUGCUGACUCAGACCCCCCUUCAAGUCUUACAGAGAGCAGAUGGGAGCCCUGACGCCAGAGCCCCCAGCUGCCU